AUGCGCUGCGCGUGCCUCGUCCACCCGCGUCUCCCGUGGCACGUCGACGUCCCCGUCCACGACCGCCUCCUCACCCUCUUCGACAUCUUCUGGGCGCUCUACGCCACGCUCCACGAACCGCUCACCGAGGCGGACCUCUACAACAUCCUCAUGGACGACCAGACGAGGUCGAGAGUCGCCGCGGCGUGCCAGGCGCGGUGCCAAACGGACGAGGAACGCGCGGAGGGCGCGAGGCGGGUCGACUUUUUGGUGGGCGAGGUCGUGAUGAAGCGCAUGCGGCCUGUCGAGGGCGGGCUCUGGGAGAUCUGUACGCGGAGGCCAGACGGUGACGCGACGGACGAGUUCAGAGGGGUUGGCCGUUGCUCUGCGCUUGGGUAG